AUUUUAAUUGAUUUACCUUUUUCGUGGUACGAAGUUCUAGUACUAGUGAAAAACCAAGCAAAACACCCAAUCCCCAAUGUCCAGAUUCCUCAUUCACCCUCACCCAUUCGCAGCAGCUCUCUUUGGUUUUUGAGCACAGCCACUCACCACUCGCAAUCUCAGAAACCCAUAUCCUAAAACCAAGAGCAGACAUCCAAAAAACAAACGAAUCAAUCAUGAAAAGGGAACACCCAAAUCUCCAUCCUCGGUUAGACCCAGCUUCUGCUGGCAGCUCUUCUUCUGGCUAUUCUACCAUGCCAUCUGUUAAUACCAAUACUAAUGAUGACACUUCUUGCAAAGCCAAGAUGUGGGAAGACGAUGCUCAAGCUGAUGGUGGGAUGGAUGAGCUUUUGGCUGUUUUGGGUUACAAGGUAAGGUCAUCUGACAUGGUUGAGGUCGCCCAGAAGCUUGAACAGCUACAAGAAGUUAUGGGUCAUGUACAAGAAGAUGGUAUUUCUCAUCUUGCUUGUGAAACUGUCCAUUAUAAUCCCUCCGAUCUAUCCACUUGGCUAGAAAGUAUGCUCUCAGAGCUCAACCCAAAUCCCAAUUUUGAUUCUGUUGUUAUGCCUGCACAGCCUUCUAUAGAUGAUUCAUUUUUCACUCAUCCUGAAUCUUCCACCAUCACCUCUAUUGAUUUCGCCGACCAUACCCAUCAACGUCACCAAGAGCAGCGGAAAACAAACAAGCACAGUCGAGAUGUGGUGUUUGAAGACUCUUCAUCUUCUGAUUACGAUCUCAAAGCUAUUCCUGGUAAGUCCGUAUUUGCCCAACCUCAUCAAAUUGAUUCCUCCUCUUCGUCGUCUCGAGAUCCCAAGCGUUUGAAAUCCGCAACCACAGACCACCUAUACCCAGCAGCAGCAGCAGCAUCGUCGUCAUCUACUAUUGGUGCUGGUGCUGCUGGUUCCUUUGGUGUUUCAACUGAGUCAACUCGUCCUGUAGUCCUGGUUGACUCACAAGAGAACGGAAUCCGACUAGUUCAUCUCCUAAUGGCCUGUGCCGAAGCCGUCCAAGAAAAUAAUCUAACUGUCGCGGAAGCCCUCGUCAAGCAAAUCGGUUUCCUGGCCAUCUCUCAAGCCGGAGCUAUGCGUAAAGUCGCCACCUACUUCGCCGAGGCCUUAGCUCGCAGAAUUUACAGACUCUAUCCUCAAAGUCCCAUGGACCAUUCUCUCUCGGAUAUUCUACAGAUGCACUUUUACGAAACCUGUCCUUAUCUCAAAUUCGCUCACUUCACAGCAAAUCAAGCAAUUCUUGAGGCCUUUGAAGGGAAAAAACGAGUGCACGUUAUCGACUUUUCCAUGAAUCAAGGGAUGCAGUGGCCUGCCUUGUUGCAAGCUCUCGCGCUCAGACCUGGUGGUCCGCCGGCUUUUCGCUUAACGGGGAUUGGACCGCCGUCUCAUGAUAACUCUGAUCAUCUUCAAGAAGUGGGCUGGAAAUUAGCUCAGUUGGCAGAGACUAUUCAUGUUGAGUUUGAGUAUCGGGGAUUUGUAGCUAAUAGCCUAGCUGAUCUCGACGCUUCUAUGCUUGAACUCAGACCCAGUGAGUUUGAGUCCGUCGCCGUUAACUCUGUUUUCGAGUUGCAUAAACUGUUAGCGAGGCCAGGCGCCAUUGAAAAGGUCCUUUCGGUGGUGAAACAGAUGAAACCGGAGAUUGUUACCAUUGUUGAGCAAGAAGCGAACCAUAAUGAUUCGGUUUUCUUGGACCGCUUCACUGAAUCAUUGCAUUACUACUCGACUCUGUUUGACUCGUUGGAGGGAUCGGUGAGUACCCAAGAUAAGGUGAUGUCAGAGGUAUAUUUAGGGAAGCAGAUUUGCAAUAUUGUGGCAUGUGAAGGACCGGACCGAAUCGAAAGACACGAGACUCUGACUCAGUGGCGAACUCGUCUGGGGUCCUCCGGAUUUGUUCCCGUUCAUCUCGGGUCAAACGCCUUCAAACAAGCAAGCAUGUUACUAGCCCUAUUUGCUGGUGGAGAUGGGUAUAGAGUGGAAGAGAACAACGGGUGUUUGAUGCUGGGAUGGCAUACUAGGCCGCUGAUUGCAACCUCAGCCUGGAGGCUGGCCAACAAACAAGUAGUAGCUCACUGAGUCAUAACUCAAAACUCGUUCUCAACUCAGGCAAGAUUGAGAUGAUGACCAAUUCAAGUUCACCAAACCCUAGUGAGAGAGUGUGGUAAUGUGAAUUGCUGAGCUGGUAAUGGGUAAAAAAAAAAAACUGAGACCCACCACUCAUCGUGUGUCUCCACAGUGUCUUCACAUUUGUUUUUCUCUCUCGCUCGUACCCUUUUCAUUUUCACUUGCCUUUUUGUUUAGUGUUUUUUUUUUUUUUGGUGAAAUCUGUUUGGUAUUUUUCAGGGCUGUGUAUUUUUAUAUGAAUAUAUUUGGUGGUAAUAACUAAUAAAGGAUGGAACUUGAAAUCCUUUUGAGCAAA